UAAUAAGGAAGAUUAAUGGGGUUGUCGGCAUGGGAAGAACGAUAUAAAUGGAACCAUGUUCUUCAACCGCUAAACUAUAUACAGAAGUAUAUAUCAUCUAGACAGCAAGCCUGCUCAGCCAUGAAGAAUCCAUCAAGUAGUUCACCCUUCCACAUGCUAUCUUGCCUCCUCGUGAUAUUGCUUCUCCCUUUGCCAUCCCUCUUGGCAGAUCCUGACCCAUUACAGGACUUCUGUGUUGCUGACUUAAGUACCUCUACGUCAGUUAAUGGUUUUCCUUGCAAACCUGCAUCAAAAGUAACUUCGGAUGAUUUUUUCUUUGAUGGACUGAGCAAAGAGGGUAACACAACAAACAUCUUCGGCUUGAAUAUCACCGCUGCUGAUGUCCUUACAUUUCCUGGGCUCAACACUCUUGGGAUGUCAAUGAUCCGAGUGGACUAUGCCAUUGGUGGACUUAAUCCACCCAACUCUCACCCUCGUGCAACUGAGACUGGUCUGAUCAUUUCAGGGCAGGUACUUGUCGGGUUUGUGACUACUGAGAACGUGUAUUUCUCAAAAGUUUUGACUGCUGGGCAGAUCUUCGUCAUUCCUAAAGGACUCGUACACUUCCAAAAGAAUGUUGGACCAGGAAAGGCCCUUAACUUCGUCUCUUUCAACAGCCAAUUACCAGGGGCUGCUAUUGUGCCAUUAAAUCUCUUUGCUUCAACACCAUCGAUUCCUAACGACGUGUUGACUAAGACCUUCCAAGUAGGAGAUGAUGUUGUCAACUCUAUAAAAUCAAAGUUUGGUUCUUAAGCUGGGCUUCCAGAUAGCCUCCCCUUGAUUUGAAGAUCGUGUAAUAAUGCUUUUGAUAAAGCCUGCCUCCAUUUUCGAUCUCGUGUUGUUAUUCAGGUUAUCUAUCUGUGUUUUUAUGGUUAUCUAUCUAUGUUUUUGAAUAAUACAAUAAGGUUACGUUUGGUAA